AUGAAGCCCUUUUUUCUGCUGCUCUUUGUCUUGCUGUUGGUGUCCCAUGGGUCUUCAGCGGUCAUCACAGGGGCAUGCGAGAAGGACUUCCAGUGUGGAGGAGGAAUGUGCUGUGCAGUGAGUUUGUGGAUUCGCAGCCUGCGAAUGUGUACGCCAAUGGGAGCGGAAGGAGACGACUGUCAUCCCAUGAGCCAAAAUGUUCCUUUCAUUGGGAAAAGACUUCAUCAUACAUGCCCCUGUCUACCCAACCUGUCAUGCAUCACCAUUGAGGAGGGACGAUCAAAAUGUCUCUCACCAUAUAAGAGAGAUAAAGACUACAUAUAA